ACUCGCGAAAAACUCCACGCGAGCUCGCAAAACCAUCAGCGGCUUUCCCCAUUCAGCGAAGAAAACACGCGACAAAAGUUCCCCGCGAUUCGAAUUGUUGGAAAAAGUCGGCAGAUUUCAUCAUUCUAGUUCUAGUUCUGGAUAGUGCGGAGAAACAUGAUCAUCUACACGAACGCCGGAAAUCCGUUCGGAUUGAAGUUGCUGGUUUGUGCCAAAAUCGCCAAGAAGGAAGUGCAGGUCAAAACUAUUUCUUUAAAUGAUGCCGAGUUGAAGGAGAUGAAACAUCUGCCGAUCCUGCAGCUGGAAAGCGGCGUGCAGCUCUUUUCCACGGAUGUGGCGGUCAAAUAUCUGCUGCAGGGAGAGACGCCCGUAAUUCAGCGCGAUGAAUGGCUGGAGUGGUCCACGACUCGGUUGGCCCCGGCUCUGACCCACAACAUGGCCGUGGGAAACCGACAGGAUCCGAACGCGAAACCGAUCCUGAACUCGCUGGUGAAGUUUUUGGACGAUUGCCUGAGUAAGAAUACGUUUUUGACGGGGGAGAAGCUGACCUCGGCGGACAUUGCCGUCUGGAGUCUGCUGGCCCCGGAUGGCACUCUGAAGGGGGCGCAGAAUAUCGAUAAUCUGUUGAGAUGGUACAGGGCGAUCAACGCCAUGCCGGAAGUGAAGGCCGCUCUGGAGCAGCUUCCGCUGAAGGAACUGAGCUUUGCCUCGUUGAAGCAUUCCAAUCGGUUUGAAGGACUGCAUCAUAUCGUUCUGGAUCCGGAGAUUAUCGACUUCGAAGGGCAGGUUCUGGUGGAUACUUCGGACAACAUUGCGGCCACCGUUCAGAAGGAGGAAAUCCAGGCGGCCAAGGAUUCGUUCGUGGUCGCUCAGGAGCGAGCCGUUCCGGAAGAGAAGGUUGUUUUGCCAAAGGUCGGUCAGAAGAACAAUUUGAUCACUUCGGCCUUACCGUACGUGAACAAUGUCCCUCAUCUGGGGAACAUUAUCGGAUGCGUGCUCUCUGCGGACGUAUUUGCCCGGUAUUCACGCCUCUGUGGUUACAAUACGCUGUACAUCUGCGGUACGGAUGAGUACGGAACGGCCACGGAGACCAAAGCCUUGGCCGAGAAUCUUACGCCGAAGCAGAUUUGUGAUAAGUACUUCGAGAUCCACAACUCGAUCUACCGUUGGUUCGGUAUUGGGUUUGACUACUUCGGCAGGACGACCACCGCGGAGCAGACCCAGAUUGUGCAGGAUAUGUUUAAGGAUCUGUACGCCGGAGGGUUCAUCGAGACCCGUGCCGUUGAUCAGCUUUUGUGUCAGAAGUGCGAUCGCUAUCUGGCGGAUCGUUUCGUCGAGGGAACUUGCCCCUAUCCGGGAUGUGGCUAUGAAGAUGCCCGAGGCGAUCAGUGCGAUGCUUGCGGUAAGCUGAUCAAUGCUAUUGAGCUUGUUCGUCCGCGUUGUAAGGUUUGCAACACCUCUCCGAUCAUUCGCCAAUCGAGUCAGUUCUUCCUGGAUCUCCCGAAGAUCGAACCGAAACUGCGCGAAUGGGUUGACAAGGCUGAACACGGUUGGACCCACAAUGCUCGGGUUAUUACCCGGGCUUGGUUGAAGGAGGGUCUGAAGUCACGUUGCAUCACCCGAGAUCUGAAAUGGGGCAUUCCGGUUCCCUUGGAGGGAUACGAAGAUAAGGUGUUCUACGUGUGGUUCGACGCCCCGAUCGGUUACAUUUCAAUGACCAGUCGCUACAGCAAGGAAUGGAAGCAGUGGUGGCAACCUAGCGCUGAAACCAAGGUCGAUCUGUACCAAUUCAUGGCCAAGGAUAACGUCCCAUUCCAUUCGGUUAUGUUCCCAGCUAGUUUGAUCGGUAUUGACAAAGGUUACACGUUGGUUUCGCACAUCAUGGCCACGGAAUAUCUCAACUACGAAGAUGGCAAGUUCAGCAAGAGUCGUGGCGUUGGAGUUUUCGGUAACGACGCUCACGACACCGGAAUUCCGGCCGACGUGUGGCGUUUCUAUCUUUGUUCCUCCCGUCCGGAAGGCCAGGAUUCUAGCUUCAGCUGGAAUGAUCUCGCUGCCCGCAACAACAACGAACUGCUUAAGAACCUUGGCAAUUUCGUCAAUCGUGCUCUGGUAUUCUGCGAAAAGUACUUCGAUUCGAUCAUUCCUCCGAUGGUGCUGAAUGAGGAAGACUUCACUCUAUUGGCCUUGAUCAAUCGCGAUCUCAAGGGCUAUGUCCACCAAAUGGAAAAGGCCCGUUUACGGGAUGGCAUCCGUCACUUGCUGGGCAUCUCCCGCUAUGGCAACCAACUGAUGCAAGCCGAAGAACCGUGGGUCCUAGUCAAGGGAACGGACGACCAGAAGACCCGUGCCGGAACUGUCAUCGGAUUGUGCUGCAAUCUGGCCUGUGUCCUGGCCACCCUCAUUUUCCCAUUCAUGCCAUCCACGGCUCGCAAUCUCUACGCCCAGCUCAACGUUUCGUCUGGUCAAAUCGAAUCGGAGAAACCCCAGAUGCGCAUCUUCUUGCCAAGUGGCCACAAGAUCGGUAAGCCCGCAGUCCUGUUCAACAAGAUCGAUCAAGCCAAGAUCGACGAGCUGAAGAAGAAAUACGCUGGAGCCCAGCAGCAAGCACCCAAGGCAACCCCCGCUAAACCCGCCUCGAACAAGCUGUUCACCUCGUUGGUCGAAGCCCAGAAGGCCGUAGACGAGCAGGCCGCCAAGGUGCGCAAAAUUAAAUCCACCGGCGCGGACAAGAGCGUCUGGCAACCGGAAGUCAACAUUCUGCUCGAGCUCAAAAAGCAGCUGCAAACGCUGAGUCAGCCCAGAACCUCCGAAAGCACUGCCCAACCAUCCCAGGCCGCACCCAGUGAUCCAGAGCCGGAAACGGUCCAAUCGCUGGAGGCCGAAAUUGCCAAACAGGGCGAGAAGGUUCGCACCCUCAAGGGAAAUGGCUCGGAAAAAUCCGUUUGGCAGCCGGAGGUCAGUGUGUUACUUGCGCUGAAAGAGAAGCUCGCCAAACUGACCGGGGUGGUCGCUCCGGCUCCCGGCGGCGGUGGUAAGAAGAAGAACAAGAAGUAGGAAUUUUUUGGAUUGCUCUAAGUACUGGCUGCCCAUUGGAGAAUAAUUAUUUAACCGAAUAAUCGAAGUAAGAAAGUAAUUGAAAAGGAUAAAAUAUGGAUUUUUUGCUUUGUAUCGCUUCUUCCGUCUUUCCGAUUAGCAUGUUUUGCACAAGAUCUAGAAUAUUUGGCGGGAAUAGAUAUACAAUGUGAAGAAACCGUAAAUUUAUUGUUAAUUGAUUUUGCAAAUUGAAUAAAAGAACUAUGAUGGAUACAAUA